AUUUAAUUGUAGCAAUAUGCAGAAAUCCGGUUGGUAUAUAGUAAAAUUUAUAAAUGAAAAUACCAUUGAAACAAUACCAAGUUGCUGGAUGGUAAACUUUAAUAAAUGUUUGUGGCCUACUACGUUAUCAUUUAGUAAAAUAAGUUUGGCUAUCAAAAGUUGUCUUAAACCUUCAAAAAAUUCAAAAGAAUGGAAGUAUUGUGAAGUUAAAGUAUUAAGUAAAAAGCUAUUAACCAAUUUUAAUGAAGCUUCAAAAUUGACCAAUAAGUUUUUAACACAAUCUUCUACCGAAGCUGAAUCAUUACCAAAAAAAUUUUUAAAAAAACGUAAAAAAAAUAUCAAAAAAGGAGAGAAGACCAGUAAUAAUGAAGAUUGUUCAGAGCCCUUACAAAAUAGCAGUAGCAGUAGCAGCUGCAGCAAUUGCGAUGAAAGUGAUUCAAGCCUUCCAUUAUUACCAACAUUUUCAAAAACUGAUGACAAAAUACAAACAAUUAAUGCUGAUGAAUGUAUUUCAACUAAUGAUGUAUGUGAAAAAAAUACUGUUAACAAUUUGUUUACCCUUGAUGUUCAUUCAUCUCCAGAAGAAAAAACAGGUAAUACAGAUAAUAAUUCUGUGCUUGAGAAUUUACUGGCUGGCGAUUAUAACUGGAUAAAUAAUGUUUCAAUGAUGAAUAAUAAUUGUGAUAAUAAUGAAGAUAACAUUAUACUAAAUUCAAGUGUUCAAAUACAAAAUAAUGAUGUAAACACUGAUAGUGUAGAAACUAUUAACCCGAAUUUGAUUCAAGAAGAUCCAGCAGAAGUUCAGAAACAAAUUAUACGUCAAUUAGUUACAUUAAAUGCUAGAAGUAAGGAGCAUGGAGAAUAUUUGCACACAAUUAUGAUGAUUUUGAAUGACAUGCAAGAAAGACAAAAAAUAUCUACUGAUCAACUAUCUGCAACAUCAUCAUCUAGCCAUGAAUUUGAAAAAAUUUAUGAAACUUUACCAGUAUCAAGUGAAGAAUCAUUAAAUAUUUUACAAAAUGCAUUAACUAACAAUGACACUUUAUAUAAUAAAACUGUAAAAAUGUUGUCCUUAAUUGGAGGAGGAGAUGUUAAGGAGUCGGUGAGGCGUAUAUUGCGAAAAUUAAUAACAAAUGAAUAUGCAAAAACAUUUAGCUAUACUGGUCACAAAAAUUCCAAAAAUGCAUUUAAUAAAACCAUUUUGUCAUCACUACUUAUAAAAGCUAUACAUUCAUCUGAACGUUUGGCUGAUAAAUCAAUUAAAGAAAUUGAAACAAUUGCAAGCAUUUGGCUCAGUAAAGCUGGCGAAAGAUCAAAAAAUAGAAAUUAGCAUAUAUUAAUAUAUAUUUGUAAUAUUUAUGGAUAUGCUAACCUGUGGAAAUUCUUUGAAUGUGAAUAAUAUUUUUUUUAAUUAGA